AUGAAUCUUUAUCAAAUUUUCCAAUUAUUUCUAACAUUACUGAUAAUUAAAUUAAGUUUACCUUUUGCUAGGAGAAUGUACACAAACGUAAAGAGAAAUACUAGAAACCUUCUAAUGCCUAGAAAUAACAAUAGAUAUACCCAAAAUGAAACAUUUUUGAAAAGAGGUGGUUAUCUUGCUGGUCUUCUGAACGAAGGUAAUACGUGUUUCAUGAACUCUGUUCUUCAAUCUUUGGCAUCAUCCCAGGAGCUAAUGAAAUUCUUACAAGAUACUAUCGUCAAAGGUGAAGAUAAUUCGAAUGAGAUUAAAUUUUCCAUUACACUUCUGGAUUUACUGAACAAACUUGAUGGCAAAUAUGGGAAGCAAAGAGCUUGGUUCGAAACUACUAAAUUAUUGAAAACCAUGUCUAACGGACCAAACAAAAAUAUCAUUUUAGGUUAUGAUCAAGAAGAUGCACAGGAAUUUUUCCAACAGAUUUUACUAGAUUUAGAAAAGGACGUAAAGUUGGUCAACGAAGAGGAAAAGGAUGAAAAGAAGGUUUAUAACUUUAAUAACAAAAAACAUGUCAGCCAAAAGGAUCUCCCAACUGAUGCGCUAUUGAACCAAGACGACUUACAAAAAGUUGGUACUGUUUACAUCCCAACUGACCAAAUUGAACCAAAUUUGGUCGAAUCAAAACAAGAGAACUAUUAUACUCCUUUUAAAUUGAUUACACCAUUAGAUGGUACAACCGUCGAAAGAGUUGGAUGUUUGACAUGCGGUGAAAAUGGAGGGAUUAGGUAUUCUGUAUUUUCUGGCCUAAGUUUAAACUUACCAAGUGAAAAUAUCGGUGCAACUUUGAAAUUAACUGAAUUAUUAAAUGAGUGGAACAAACCUGAAAUAAUUGAAGGUGUCGAUUGUAAUCGUUGUGCCCUUAACGCCGUUCGGGAACAUUUGCAAAACCAAAUUGAAUCUAACAGUUCAAUGCCUGACAAAUUAGCAUCAGCUAUUAAGGGAAGAAUUGCACAACUAGACAAAGUAUUGUCAAAACCUGUGAUUGAUGAUGAAGAUUACAAGGAAUUACACACAGAUAAUAUGGUUCGUAAAUGUUCUAAAUCUAAACAAAUUAUUAUGUCGAGGCCACCUCCAUUAUUAUCCAUCCAUAUUAAUAGAUCUGUUUUUGACCCACGUACAUACAUGAUCAGAAAAAAUAACUCAAGGGUAUUAUUCAAAUCUAGGAUUAACUUAGGACCAUGGUGUUGCACCCCUGAUGAGAUCAAUUUGGAUGCUAGAUUACCUUUAUCCAAAAAGGAACCUUUAGCAGAUGAGUCUAGUGAGGAUGAAAACGUUGGAGGUGAGUACUAUGCUAAUUUACAUCACAAAUUUGAACAAGAAUUUGAAGAUAGUGAUGAAGAUAGUGAUGAUGAGGGCUACAACGCCCAAAAUGCUAGACGUAAAGAUGUAACUGAUUAUGAUCCAAUUGGUGGUGAAAUGGAUGAUUCUGAUUAUUCUACUGAACAACAUGGCCAGGAAGAAGAAGAUGUUGAUUACAUCGAAGAAAUUGACUCUUUAGGGAACACGAUUAGAAGAAAAAUUAUAAAGACUAAAGAGGAUGCUAUUGAUGCGAAGGAUGGAGUAGAAGUUGAACAUAUUGAAAAUAAUGCUGAUAGUGAUAGUGAUCAUGUAGGUUUGGAAAAUAAACGAGACUCUGACAGCGAAGAAUCUGAUCCAGAAGCAAAUAUGGAUGAACCUACUGAUGAAUUAAUUGUUCCAAAACUGUCCACAGUUCCUGCUACACCAUUGACUUAUUCAUUGAGGGCUGUUAUCAUUCAUUAUGGUACUCACAACUAUGGCCAUUAUAUUGUCUUUAGAAAACAUAGAGGACUGUGGUGGAGAAUUUCUGAUGAAACUGCAGAUGUUGUUGACGAAGCUGAAGUAUUGUCUACUCCAGGUGUAUUCAUGUUGUUUUACGAAUAUGAUUACGAUCAAACUACUGGCCAAAUGAAUGAUGAUAUUGCAACAUAUGAGGAAGAAGAUUUUUCUACUGAAGUUAUCCCAGAAGCUCAGGAUUUAGAAGCCACUGGAACAGAUAUUAAUGAACAUUCAGAAAAUUGUCCAAAUAACAAUCAAAAUGAUGAACUAUUAACAGGAGAUGAACAAUUAUCAGAAAGUUUGGAAACCAUGCAAACUGAAGAUAAAUUAAAUUGA